CACAUAUUCAAAAGGAUGUGUUGUUUUUAGUUACAAAAUAUUCAAGAACCAGUGACGUUUUGGCUCAAAUUUCCCUUUUUAAAAUACGAAAGUGAUCACAAAUUAGAUUUAGAUCUUCAGCUGUGGAGGAGAUUAUAAGUGAAUGAUUUACACAGGGUUUGGAAAGAUAUGAAGGUGAAUAAAUGAUGACAGAAUUUCAAUUUUUGGGAGAACUAUCCCUUGUAUAUUUUCUAGCACAGAAAAACAAUGAACUUCAGCCAGAAUGGCAAGCCAGUGGUUAUUCACGAUAUGGUAAGUCCUUGAUCUGUACAUCACAACACACAUGCAACACCAACACCAUUAACCUUGAUGUGAAAUUAGUGAUGCUGUGGUCCACUCAUUGUACACCAUCAUUCUAAUCAUCAGUAUGCCACACAAACAGAUCCUGUCUUGAAGAGAUGGUAGCGUGUCUUGAAGAGGAAGUCUGCAACAGCCAGAUGGUGCCAUUUGUCCAGGCCUGCAGCCCUCAAUGUGACCCCAGUUAUUGCAGGCAGGCAAUGAGUCAGUUCUACUCGGCUCUUCCUCACGAUGUGGCUGAAUCACUGGUGUUCUGCGAGUGUGAAAGAGAAGACCCAGAAUGCCAGCAGAUGAAGACCUCUCUACACUCCGGAUCCUGCAUGAGUGAUGAGUCGCAGAUGCCAUUGACCUGCCUAGAUAUGCUGGACAGCUGUGCUGGAGAUGCACUGUGCAGGCAGACAUUCGCCAGGUACCUGUUCGAAUGUUUUGGCGCAGUGGAAGCUCCAUUCAGUGAGCAUUCGACCAAUGACUGGUUGCAGCGUUUGUGGCCACAAUGGGUUCAGUGCUUCACAAUCCAUGUACUUGUGAUGGAUUGCGUUAUCAUCACCAGCAUAAGUGCAAUGAGCUCCAACAUAUGUUCCAAAACAAGUCCCUUUUUAGGGGCAGUAAGCACAGCCCCAGGUGUACAGGCAAAAUGCAGCUGUAAAGAGCAGUGGCAUAGCCAGAAGCGAGGCUACGUGUGUACCAAGGGAAAAAAGGGUGUGCAAGAACUGAAGCACAAUAAACCUGGUCAGGCAAGAAGAUCAGCUGACCCACCAACUAAACCAGCUGGAACCACCUUUGCCAGGCUGGGAGAUGAGCUUAGGCCAACUAAGACCAGCAAGCCAGUUUAG